GUCAGUUGAUUGCGGGAGGCGGGACCGAGGGAACCGGAGCAACAGGUUCACCCCUUCCCGGGUGAUAAGGUCCUUGAGCCCGGGCAGCACAUCAGCGAAAUACCAGCAGAUACCCACACAGUGUUUGGGGAUCUAUACUGUCUUUGAAAUUUUGACCAUAGUAAUAGCACCAGUACUGUCAGAACAAUGGGGAACACCAGCAGUGACCGUAUGGGAGCAGAUCGCCAUGGAGGAUCUAAAUCCCACCGCAGUGAUAGCAUGGGAUCUUCUCCAUCAUCAAAAGAAAAUGAACGUCCUAAAAUCAUGGUGGACAGCACAGAUGACCCCAAUAUUUUUCAUACACAAGACUCAAAGCCUCUCACUGAUAAGGAAUUUGUGUCCUGGCAACCUGACAUAGACGAAUCUGUAAAAUUUCCUAAGCAAGCUCGCCCCACUGUUAUUCGUUGGGUAGGUGGAGGGAAAGAGGUGUUCAUAUCUGGAUCCUUCAACAACUGGCAUACCAAGAUUCCACUUAUUAAGAGCCAUAAUGACUUUAUUGCUAUUCUUGAUCUACCAGAAGGCGAACACCAAUACAAGUUUUUUGUAGAUGGGCAAUGGGCUCAUGAUCCUUCAGAGCCAGUAACAACCAGUCAGCUCGGGACAAUCAAUAACGUCAUUCAAGUGAAGAAAUCUGACUUUGAAGUAUUUGAUGCCCUUAAACUGGACUCACUAGAGUGUUCAGAUACUUCAGAUUUGUCAAGCUCCCCUCCAGGUCCAUACCAUCAGGAUAUAUAUGUGUUGAAGCCUGAAGAACGUUUUAAGGCACCUCCCAUUUUACCUCCCCAUCUGCUCCAGGUCAUUCUCAACAAGGACACACACAUUUCAUGUGAUCCUGCUUUACUACCUGAACCAAACCAUGUGAUGUUGAAUCAUCUAUAUGCACUUUCCAUAAAAGAUGGCGUGAUGGUUCUUAGUGCCACCCAUCGAUAUAAGAAGAAAUAUGUUACUACUUUACUCUAUAAACCAAUCUGAUCUGCCAUCCCAAUAGUCAGCAUGCCCAAAUGGUAAAUUAAUGUCUGUUAGUUGGCCAGUCAGUGAUGGAGCUUCAUUAGGAUUUUAGCAGUUGUGUUGGUUGCCUUCUACAUAAUAGUUACAAGCACUUUACCAGAUUGACGUACAAGUGUGACACUGAAUACUAUGGUAUCAGCUAGGGCAAUGCAGAAUGUUCACUUUAGACUUGUAUUUUGGGAAACUUGAAAUGCAUCUGAAAUCGAGGAACUGUCUCAGUCAUGAUGAGCUGCUAUAUAGGGAAAAGCUUACUGUUGAAAUUCAAAAGAUUUUCUAGUGAAAUAUUUCUAAAAGCUUGCCUAAUAUUCUAAUGUGUAUUACAUUUGACUUUGUGGGGGGUGGUUACAACUUUACCUUUUUGUUCUAGAAAUUAAAUUUUUUGAUUAAAACCAGUUUAGUAUGUAGAAUGAAAUCUAGCUUUCAGCAGUACGCUAUCUUUUAAUACCUGAACCUUUAUAUGUAUCAGCGCACUUCUUUGAUGCACUGGUGUGAAUGUUUUUGAAGGAACCUAUUAUCUAGAAUAUCGGUUUGCAAAAUGUGAAGUACAUUAAAUAAUGGAUUCCCCCACAGCUAGCAAAUGUAUUUACAAAGCUGUUAAAGGAUUGACAAAAAUAAAACAAAAAAUUGUAGUUUGAAGUUAGAGUUAGAAUAUUAUAAACUUGCUAAAACUUCAUUUGCACAGAGUUGAUGCAUUGAAUAGAGGAUUUGUGUUGUGGUUUAAAUGAUGGUAAAUAAGUUCAGAAUGAUGUUGAUUGGUGAAACUGGCAGACAGGUGAAAUUAAAUGCAGAGAAGUGUGAACUGAUACAUUUUGGUAGCAGAAUGAGAAAUGGCAAUAUAAACCAAAUUGUACAAUUGUAUGGAGGGGGAGGUGCAGGUACAGAACUGAACAAAGAUCCUAGAGUGUGACAGGACAAGUUGAGAAGUUUUUUCAUUAAAGAAAAGCAUCUGGGAUCCUUGGCUUUAGCAAUAGUGACUUUUGAGCAUGAAAAGUAAUAUAUUAUCUAAAAUCUUUGCAAGAUUUACUCAGAUGUACCAAGAGUGAGGGACUUCAGUUAAGUGAACAAAAUAAAAAAAUCCUGGGUUAUUCUCUGGAGAGCAGAGAUGGUUGAGAUGAUGAACGAUCUUGGUGUAAAUAAGGAAGAAUAGUUUUCAAUGGUCAAUAACCAGCGGAUAAGAAUUUAGAUCGAUUACAAAAGAACUAGAAGCAGCAUUUGUGGAGAACACGUUGUCGUGAUCUGGACUGCACUACCUGAAAGGAUUCAGUAGUAACUUCCAAAGGGAAUUGGAUAAGUACUUGAAGGGAAAAUAUUUAGAGUUAUGCGGAAAGAGCUGGAGGGUGGGAUAAUCACUCUUUCGAAGAGCCAUCACAGGUGCAUUGACUGAUUGGCUUCCUUCAGUGCCAUGUCAUUCAGCAAUUGUAUGAAAGGACAGCUAAAACAUUAUACCUAAAAUGGUUUUCCAGAUCAAGUUGAUCUAACUGAUUUUUCUGCCAGCUAAAUUACUGCCAAGUGACAUGUCAAGAAUCUUUAUUUCAGUUCAAGAUGCAGGGACAUUUAAUCUUAAUCAGCUCUAAUAAUUGAAACUAAUCUAAAGCUGCAAAUUAAAAGUGCACGGGCAUAAAGAUUUGAAAUAACCAUCUUGUUUGAAUACACAAUCUAAUAUCUGGUGUUGUUGCUCAACUUCAGAAACUCUGAAUUGGGAAAUAAUUGUUAUAUUCCCAAGUAUUUAAUGCAAUCGCUGGAUGAUUUGUCAUUUACUAGCAGAACUGGAGUAUAGGGACUAUGCAUUGCAAGCUAAAUUUGUUACUUUCUUGGCACAUUAAAGAUUUAGCAAUCCUCGAACUUGUUCCCUUUGAAACAAAUGGGAAAUGUGACAUUUGAGUUGUACUCCAGAGACAAUACCAAAUGAUCCAGUGUUCUUAGUGCAGUGUGAAUUGUUUGAUUAAUUUCAAAGCCUUAUAUUGUUGUUUCUUUUAACUCCUUUGUGGUUGAAUAGCAAAUGGUUGUCCUCUAGAAGUUUUUUCUGGAGGACAAAGUGGUCUAGAUUUGUGUGUGAAAUGGCAUGAAUAUUCCAGUCCUUACAGAUACUGGAGUGCACUUAUUGUAUAAAUUGAUGUGUAUACUAUACAAGGUUGUAACGAAAAUAAAGUAUCUCAGCUUAUUACAAAAUGGGUGGUGCUUUCUUAACCAUAAAACCCCACUUUUAUUUUGUAAUGUCUAACAGUCACAGUUCACACAAAUCUGCAAGGAUGAUGCAUUUUCUUAUCACAGGCUUUGAAGGCAAGGUGAACUUGAUAUGUCGGAGCUUGAAAUCACUUGAAUCAGUCGUUUUCUUAUUUAACAUUAGU